CUUGGUUUCCAACGAAUUUUAUCAUCCGCUUAAAUACAUCCAAAGCUCUCCAUCGCCAUCGGCGGCCAACGGCGACCGCUCCGCUCUACCCAAUCCACCCAUCCACUCGCCGCCGCCCCCUGAUCCAAAGCCUCCGCCGCGCCGCCGUCGAGAGGAGGAGGAGGAGGAGGAGGAGGAGGAGGAGGCGUGAGCCCCUAUGGGGACCCUCCUCCGGCCGCGUCCGCUCGCCCACGCCGCCGGCGCCGGCGACGCCACGCCGUCGACCGCGCACGCGGUGGUGGUGAGCGGUGGCCGCGGCCGUGGCGUGGAGUGCCAGCCGCAUCGGGUGCGCCGCCGCCCGGGUCCGCAGGUUGCGGUGGCGACGGCGAGCUGGAGGAGGCGGAGGGAGACCGUGGUGAGAUCGGAUUUCGCCGCUGGUGGUGCCGCUACCAUGGGGGAUUCGCCGCAGGCGCUCUCAGACAUCGAUGUGGUUUCAAGGGUCAGAGGGGUUUGCUUCUACGCGGUGACUGCAGUUGCAGCAAUCUUUUUGUUUGUCGCCAUGGUUGUGGUUCAUCCACUUGUGCUCCUAUUUGACCGAUACCGGAGGAGAGCUCAGCACUACAUUGCAAAGAUUUGGGCAACUCUGACAAUUUCCAUGUUCUACAAGCUUGACGUCGAGGGAAUGGAGAACCUGCCACCGAAUAGUAGCCCUGCUGUCUAUGUUGCGAACCAUCAGAGUUUCUUGGAUAUCUAUACCCUUCUAACUCUAGGAAGGUGUUUCAAGUUUAUAAGCAAGACAAGUAUAUUUAUGUUCCCAAUUAUUGGAUGGGCAAUGUAUCUCUUAGGAGUAAUUCCUUUGCGGCGUAUGGACAGCAGGAGCCAGCUGGACUGUCUUAAACGGUGUGUGGAUUUGGUGAAAAAAGGAGCAUCUGUAUUUUUCUUUCCAGAGGGGACUAGAAGCAAAGAUGGAAAGCUAGGUGCAUUUAAGAGAGGUGCAUUCAGUGUGGCUACAAAGACCGGUGCUCCUGUGAUACCUAUUACUCUUCUCGGGACAGGGAAACUGAUGCCUUCUGGAAUGGAAGGCAUCCUUAAUUCAGGUUCAGUAAAGCUCAUUAUUCACCAUCCAAUUGAAGGGAAUGAUGCUGAGAAAUUAUGUUCUGAAGCAAGGAAGGUGAUAGCUGACACUCUUAUUCUAAACGGUUAUGGAGUGCACUAAAGAAAGAUGGUGUUUUUUUUUAUUAUAUGGAACCUAUUCAAAGGCACAGACAGGCUUUCAAGGCUAAGCUUGUUACAGACUGAAGAGAGAAGAAAUACAAGACUGUCCAUUGUUAGUCAGAUUUGUAAAAAUAGACUCUGAUGUAGUUUACUUUUGCCCCUAUUUUAUUUUUAACAAUACAAAUAUAUAACAGAUCCUAAGAACUUAUCUUAAUUUAGGAGAAGUUGCUCGUUUCAUUAAAUUAAAUUGUGAAGUAAAAAUGUGUGCUCGAGUCUGUCAAU